AUGCACUGCAUAACGUUACCCAGCGGCGAAGAAAUGUUCUGGAAUGUGGUCAACGCGCAGUUCACGGACCAGCGUUGGGAAGAGCGUUUUUCGGCCGCGAAUGCUGCUCCAAUUAGUUCUAACAAAGUGAUCCAGACGAGCUUGAGUUGCUGUAUUGCCCACCUGAUAGCAUCGGUCGAUGAUCCGAAUCCGGCUGUGGCUCAGCGUGCGCUACUCUCCAUCAAGCAUAUGCCUUCUGCUUCCCUAAAGUUGAUGUGCCUUUGUUUGGAGUCACAGUUCGACAGCUCAAUUUUGGACCGUGCAUUGAUCAUCAGUCGAAUCCAGCAGCUUACAUCUAUUCUUCCAGAUGAAGAAAUUCUCACAUGGGAAUUUUUCAUACAGCGCUUUGAGGGGCUGGCACUUGAGAGUCAGCUUCGUUCCAGCAAUGGGGAUUCAACAUUUGUUCAUGAUUUGAUGCAUUCGGAUCCGCUAAGCGAUUUAUACCAACGCAAGAUCGCGCGAGCUCGUCAGGCAAUCGAGAACAGUGCAACUGCGCGUUCUAUUGUGCGCACUUUACAGAGUGGCUCGAUGCGUCAUCAGCUGAGUAACGCCACUUAUCGUCCCAACUGGGAAGCCGUUGCCGAACUGGAACGUGGUGACGCAAAGCGAAAGUCCAAGGCGGCGAUCAGUGCACGGGAGAAGAUCCGUCGGGUGGUAACUGUGGUUAGAGUUGUCUCGGUUUGGAAACAAUUCUCUAAGCGUCUUCAGUCUCUCACCAGUAUGGUCUCAGCUUUGGCUCGAUCUGCUGCGACCCAGUCGUACUGUAUGUACAGUAUUCGGUCUACUUUGGUCCCGUCAGUGUGCCUUUUCCAACACAACCCAUGCAUUUCAAAAGCACUCCUCCCGUACGUCGCACGGUCCUUUUUCCCAGUUAUCACUAAGAGGCCAACGUGUUAUGAUCAAUGCUCCAUUGCCCACAUGGUCAUUUUUUUUCGGCACAGUUUAGUGUUUGUAAAACCAUUCGGGCAUUUGCUUCCAUUCGGACUACUUCCCGAUUCUACGAUUUUCUCUUUAACGUUCGCAGUCAUGCUGUCUGUGAGUUCGUCAAAAAUUAUGAAUGAGAUUGCUGCAAAGCGCGAUAUAUGCGAGUUCCAUUUUUUUGCGUCUGCUGUCGAACAAUGAGU